AUCUGGAACGAGGCGCAGCAGCUGCAAAACAGAUACGUUUCAUUCGAUCUAAAUGCUUUGAUCAAAAUCGCGGAGGAGGCAGCUGGGGAUGAUGCGGUUUGCGUCAACAUCUCGAAGCUCCCGAAAGGGAACUUUAACAAAGCGUUUCUUGCUACCAUGCAGGACGGACGGGAGUUAGUUGUUAAAAUCCCACAUCCAAACGCAGGACCUAGCCACUACACAACCGCGUCUGAAGUGGCAACAAUGCAAUAUGCAAGGGAAAACCUCCACCUUCCUGUCCCUAAGGUUAUCACUUACUGUUCCCGGGUCGUGGAGAGUAAACUAGGUUCAGAGUAUAUUGUUAUGGAAAAGGCCCAAGGGAUUGAGCUUAGCCGCAUGUGGGAAAGCCUUAAGCCGCGGGACAAACUCUCAAUCACGAAGCAAAUUGGCUCCAUCACCUCCACACUCUCUAGGGCAGGGUUUCCAUAUCAUGGUUCAUUAUACCUUCGGAAGGAUGUCUCAGAGUCUGAAAGUAUCAAAUUUGAUGAUACCUUCGCAAUCGGACCGACAACAGGGCGAGCGUGGUUUGAUGACAGAAGAGGUGAGGUUGAUAUUGAUAGAGGCCCCUAAUUUGAUGGCCCGAAGCCAGAACGGUUCGUUCGACCUAGCCUUCCGGAGAAUAUCAAUGAUCUUAAUCCCCAAGACAAAAAAGCCGCUAGUGAGCUGUUUCUUGCACAGACGCUCUGGCUUUACUACGAGACACAAAUGUAUAAGGAAGCCCCGGACUUACUUCAUGCAUUUCAAUAUCGGGAAACCUUGCAGUCUGAGCUAUUAAGUCUAGUGGGGUCAAUAUUUGAUGAUGGAGAACCACAUGUCCAAAAGCUUCUUGCUGAUGUCACGAGAGAUGAUGCUUGGAGGCAGCUAGUUGGAGAGGAUAAUCGCGGCAACCCAAGGGUUCCGUGCCCAUUGAGCUACACAGAACAUGACUUGGUUAAGCAGGGCGAGGAGUACGCCAAAUGGGAGAGAGAUGUCGAGCGGAAAGCGCAAGUGAUUAAUGAGUUAGGAGUGUAUACAGGCUGGAACGGGGCCGUGUCUCCUGAUGAUUAUGAUGAAGUUGUUAGGAGACUCAAACUUGCCAAAAAGAGGUUUUUAGAUCGGGAAUCAAAAUCUUCUGAGGAACGGGUGUUGUGGGAGAAGGCAUGGCCUUUCGAGGAUAAAGCCAGUGAAUGA